AUGACUGCUUUAUCUGCGGCCGCGAGAUUGCGCCAGCUCCUGGCCGACCAAAACCAAAUCAUUACUGGGGCAGGGACAACCGCGUCCCGGCUCGGUCAGCCCGAUCUCGGGGUGAUCACACUUAAUGAAAUGCGCCAGAAUGCUGAGAUGAUCUCCAACCUUGAUCGGUUCACGCCGGUUAUUGCAGACGCGGAUACGGGCUUCGGUGGUUCAUUGAUGGUGCAUCGAACUGUUACCGAGUAUAUUCAAGCGGGAGUUGCAGCGCUGCAUUUAGAAGACCAACCAACUUCGAAACGCUGCGGGCAUCUUCGCAACAAGCAAGUGGUUGCGAAAGAAGAGUAUUUUUCCCGAAUUACAGCCGCAGUCAUUGCACGGAAAGCGUCUGGUGGCGACAUAGUCUUAAUUGCACGAACCGACGCCCUCGCUACAUUGGGUUACGAUGAAGCCCUUGCACGUCUGAAGGGUGCAAUCAGCAUAGGUGCGGACGUUGCAUUCCUCGAAGGUGUCACGUCCAAGGAAGAGGCGCGGCAAGUCUGCCAUGAUCUCAGUCCUACUCCAGUGUUAUUCAAUGCGGUAUCUGGAGGCAUCUCGCCCAACCUGACCGCCACAGAGGCCAGGGAGCUGGGAUUUCGCAUAAUAAUCUUUCCAGGCUUUGCACUGGGACCUGUAUAUGCAGCAGUGAGCGCGGCUGCGAAGCACCUGAAGGAGACAGGCUCGCAAUUAGCAUCUAGAGAUGACAACCCCAAGAAUCUGUUCAACGUUGUGGGUCUUAGAGAGGCUUUGGCCAUUGAUAUGGCAUCCGGAGAAAAUCGGUUUAGCGAGGGGGUCUAA